GGUGGGAGGCCAUGCCUCCAGCUGCGGAGGCUGCCGAACAGCUGGAGCCAUCGCGGUCACCUGCGCGGCGCCGUCGCCCUUGCGCUCCGGCUGCCGGGUCCGCGGCCGGCGCACUUUGCGGAGGGCGCCCGGCGUAGGCGGCGGCGAGUGUGGGCCGAGCCGGUAUUUAUAGCUCGGUGACAGCAGCGGCGGCAGCAACGCCGCCGGCCCGUCUCGCCGCGCUUCCCCAGCGAGGCCGCCGGCGCGGCGGAGGGCUGUGCUCGCCCGGGUCUCCGGUGUUGCGGACACCCCGUGCCCGCGCGGCCCCAUCUGGUCAACAACGGAUUUGAAGUUUUGAAGGAUGGGUAAAGACUUUCGUUAUUACUUCCAGCAUCCCUGGUCUCGCAUGAUUGUGGCUUACUUAGUGAUCUUCUUUAACUUCUUAAUAUUUGCGGAGGACCCGGUUUCUCAUAGCCAAACAGAAGCCAAUGUUAUUGUUGUUGGAAACUGUUUUUCGUUUGUAACAAAUAAAUACCCUAGAGGAGUUGGCUGGAGAAUUCUGAAGGUGCUUCUAUGGCUACUGGCCAUUCUCAUAGGACUAAUAGCUGGCAAAUUUCUGUUCCAUCAACGUUUGUUUGGUCAGUUGCUCCGCUUAAAAAUGUUUCGAGAGGAUCAUGGCUCAUGGAUGACAAUGUUCUUCAGCACAAUUCUGUUUCUCUUCAUAUUUUCUCACAUAUACAACACGAUUCUUCUAAUGGAUGGGAACAUGGGAGCAUAUAUCAUUACAGACUAUAUGGGCAUCCGAAAUGAAAGUUUCAUGAAAUUAGCUGCAGUAGGGACCUGGAUGGGGGACUUUGUCACAGCCUGGAUGGUCACUGAUAUGAUGCUUCAGGACAAACCUUACCCUGAUUGGGGAAAAUCCGCAAGAGCUUUCUGGAAGAAAGGAAAUGUUAGGAUCAUUUUAUUCUGGACUGUUCUCUUUACUCUGACUUCUGUGGUGGUACUUGUCAUUACAACGGACUGGAUCAGCUGGGAUAAGCUGAAUCGAGGUUUUUUGCCCAGCGAUGAAGUUUCCAGAGCAUUCCUGGCCUCUUUUAUCUUGGUCUUUGACCUCCUUAUUGUAAUGCAGGACUGGGAAUUCCCACAUUUUAUGGGAGAUGUUGAUGUAAAUCUUCCUGGAUUACACACUCCCCACAUGCAGUUCAAGAUUCCUUUCUUCCAAAAGAUCUUCAAGGAGGAAUAUCGUAUUCACAUAACAGGUAAAUGGUUUAACUAUGGAAUUAUCUUUCUUGUCUUGAUUUUGGAUCUUAAUAUGUGGAAGAACCAGAUAUUUUAUAAGCCUCACGAAUAUGGACAGUACAUUGGCCCAGGGCAGAAGAUAUAUACAGUGAAAGACUCAGAAAGUUUAAAGGAUUUGAACAGAACCAAACUUUCAUGGGAAUGGAGGUCCAAUCACACUAACCCUCAGACUAAUAAGACAUAUGUUGAGGGAGAUAUGUUCUUACACAGCAGGUUCAUAGGGGCUAGCCUUGAUGUCAAGUGUCUAGCUUUUGUUCCAAGUUUGAUAGCUUUUGUGUGGUUUGGAUUCUUCAUUUGGUUCUUUGGACGGUUUCUGAAAAAUGAGCAAGGCAUGGAGAAUCAAGACAAAACUUACACUCGCAUGAAAAGAAAAUCACCAUCAGAACAUAGCAAGGACAUGGGAUUCACUCGAGAAAACACACAGGCCUCAGUGGAAGACCCACUGAAUGACCCUCCCUUGGUCUGCAUCAGGUCCGACUUCAACGAGAUUGUCUACAAGUCUUCCCAGCUCACGUCAGAAAACUUAAGCUCGCACUUGAAUGAAUCUACCAGUGCAACAGAAGCUGAUCCAGACCCAACGACUUCGAAAAGUACACCUACGAACUAGAUUCACUUACUUGGAAAUAGCACAAAAAGCAACCUUGAGUAUAACUUUAAAAAAGUUAGUCUUUCCUUUUGUAAAUGUAAAGUUUACGUAGUGUUAGGUGAAGAAACACAAACAAUGCCACAACGGUGCUCAACAUGCUUUUUCUAGGACUCAUUGUUUUCUAUUUGUAUUAUAAUACACGUGCCUACUUAUAUCUAACAGUCCUCUAGAGAUUGCUUUUCACAAUUGCACAAGCUAUUUACUGACUUUACAGCAUAGUAGAAGAUUAGCUGAUUACCCGUGUAUCUGAUGUUCAACCAUAGUGGUGCCUUGAGACAAUAAACUGUUUUUAACUGUACCAGAACUGAAGUGUGGAACAGUCCUCAAACCUACUUCACAUGGGGUUUUUUGUAUACAAUUACUUUGAUCUACACUUGAUGUCUUAGCAGGAAACAGAUAUAGCCAAGACAGGGCUUAGGAAGUAUCUCUUGUUUCCUAUUCAGCAGUGGAGUUUGUGACUUUGACAGUGGGAUUGCAUAGAGGCCUGGUGAUUACCUUUGAAUUUGUUUUGGCUAUCUGCCAAAUACAAAUACUGAUUCAAAAUUCAGUACUAGGAGAACGAUAAUCCAGCAUGGGUCACUAGUUGUGAAAUGUGGCUUUCUCCAACCAGUAAUUGCAAUUAGAUGAUAAUACCUAAUUAUGUUUUCCUAAUUAAAGAUAAAUUGCUACUUGAUUAAAAAUCCUGCCCUUCACCUAUGAGAACAAAGGUUAAGAGGCACAGUUGGGUGAACUCUCAAAUUUAUUGGCAUUUACACAAAGCACUAGAAAACCAAGGAACUAAAGUUUUAAUCAUGUGAGGGUUGUACAGCCUACUAUCUACAAUAUUUGUACAUCUUUCUGUAAAUAUGGCUCUGGACAAGGAAAAUUGAAAAACAUAUGCCAACCCUGAAUAAGGGAACUCCUCUAAAAGUCAUGCAGCAGAACCUUGUGAGGUAGAAAAAGAUGUGCAUGAAACAAUCUAUUCAGUAGCUUGUUUUGUGUGUGCAUUUUUUGUUUUUUUUUUAAGAAUUAAACAUCAUACAUUAAUAAAUACAAAUUAUAUAUCA